AUGGUCCUCUUCUUCACAUCCACAGUCACUUGCCCGCCGACAUCGCUGUAUAUGGGCAAAGACAAGUUUGAGAAUGAAGUGUUGUUAAAGUAUGGCGAUGAGCUGGAUGUUUGGUUUCAUGUGGAUAAGUUGAGCUCGGCUCAUGUGUAUCUCAGGUUACAAGAGGAUAUGAAAUGGGAGGAAAUACCAAAGACUUUGCUUGAGGAUAUUGGACAGCUCACCAAGGCGAACAGUAUAGAAGGCAACAAGAAGCAGACGGUCACCAUCAUCUACACGCCUUGGUCCAACGUCAAGAAAACUGGAGACUUGGCAACGGGAGCCGUGCAAUUCCACAACGACCGUAUAGUGCGGCGUCACCAUAUCGCAGCGAAAGACAAUGCGAUUCUGAACAGGCUCAACAAGACCAAGCGUGAAGAGCUUGUGGACCACGAGGCUGUGAGGCAGGAAAGGGAAAGGGCAAAGGGAAGAGAGAGAAAAGAAGUGGCUGUGAAGGAGCGAAAUGCGAAAUUGGCAGAACAGCGUGCGAGACAAGAAGCCAAAGCCUCGCAAGAUUACUCGAAUCCUAGAGCAAAGGCGCAGGAGGAAAAGGAGAAAAGUGCGGCAGGAGAUGAUGCUGAGCGGAUAGGAGUGCGAGAGGAGCAAAGCGAAGAGGAAGAUGCUGGAAGUGAGGGUUCAUUCAUGUGA